AUGUUACGACGAAGCAUUCCCGCCGCUGGCGAAGCACUGAUCAAGCAAACCCGUGAUGCUCGCCAUCUAAGCUCAAUGUCUGCCAAACCCAAACUGCGAACUCAGGUGCUCAACGUGACUGAAGAACUUCAGGCAAGGGUGGUGGGUCAGCGAAAAAAGCUUAGUCAACCUGAACGCGAUCAACUUGACCGCGGAAACCUGCACGCAGUCGGCCUGCGAUGCGAUUUUGGAGGGCAAAUUCAAUUUUGUAUAUGUUGUAUGUUGAACAUUCCAUACAUCCAUGGUUUUAUCCCGCUCAAUGCAGAUCAUUGGUCUGUGAAGGAGGAAACUCAUCGUGAACAACAGGCGGGCAUGCCCGUGUGCGAUUGCUCGAAUUGCGAGCCGGCCCAAGCUGAAGCUGUCUGGGUGGCCCAGCAAGCGUUCACGGCUCAGAACUUCAAUGACGCAAUGGCCAUGGACUCGGAUGACCUCCUCGACCUCAUCAAGAGCCUCCCUCAGCCCCCUCCGGAAGCGACGUGUAAUACCAGGCCAGUGGCCAUGUAUUGUGGCGUCGACGAUCCCAUUCUGGAAUCGACGACCCUGGAAGCCUUAGUCACACAUUUGGAGGUAGCUUUCCAUAAAUUCUAUUUUGAUUUGUUCGAUGGGCAGUCCAACCUAGGCCCAACAGACUAUUUUGGACGAGAUCUAGCUUGGGAUAUGGCCAAAAACGUUGACGUCUUCCAAAAGCCCAGCAAUUUGUCGGUAGUACUUGCUAGCGAAGUCAUUCACGGACAAUUUGAGUGUUUAUUUGGUGCUAUCACCAAAUGGAAAUCCAACUUCAAUACGGUUUCAACUUUUGCAGCGGCAAAGCAACGGAGGCUCGCCCAAAGUCGUACGUGCGGACCUCAGAAACCUCCACUGUCCGUGGAGGGGGCCCUGUUGGCAAAACAGGCAGCCGACGCAGCAAAGAAGGCUCAGAAAGACGCACGAGACUUAGCCGCGCUGGCUAAAUUAGAGGCACGAUCACAACUGGAACAGGCCAAGAAACAGGUUACAGCGCGCAACAAGGGACUUCCGGUCGAUGUCAGGUACUCAUCCUCUAACUCUCAGCCUGUGCAAGCUCGAGUAGAACCGGUGGGUCCAAAAAGGAGGGCCUAUAGUUACUCCUCAGCAUGGCCAUCCGGGUUCUCCCACGAAGACAGCACGUUUGAUGCCCCCCACCGAUAUCUCGAAGAUCGACCCGCGGCUGAGUCAGCAUUGUUCAACUUGAUCAUGUUGCGCAAACCAAUUCGCCACACGUUCACGACUUGUGCAGGAGGACGGCCCGUCGUGGGAUUGGCCAAAUGGUCUUCUGCAUAUUUGAGAAAUGCUUGCAUGGAUGUAUCCGUUAUGGAAUGA